AUGACGGAGUACGAUGAGCGUAACAACUGUGCGUCAAAUAUGUAUUUACCAAGUUGUACAUAUUACGUUUCAUCGCCUGAUUUUUCAUCAUUCUCCUCGUUUUUACCCCAGACUAUUUCGUGUCAAAAUAAUUGGCCUUAUUCUUCCAACAUAGCUCAAGUCCGACCUGUUCGAGUAGUGGCAUUCAGGGACUUUAGACUGGAUCACCCAAGCAAAUGGCAUUACAGGGGCAAUUACGCUUCUUACUACUCAACCGACGAGAUAAUUCACGGAGACUUAAUCCAGUCAUCGAACAGGGCGGAAAUUAAAUUCAAAAAUGAUUCCUUGUACGGCCAUCACGGCGGUACGAACUCGCCAUGCAAUUUAUUCACCAAUGUCGGUCGAAAUGGGGUUCUUCCACAAGGGUUCGAUCAGUUCUUCGAGACUGUUAACUCUGAAAAGCCCAACUCUGGGCCUGAACACACAAAACAGAAGACAGACUCCAGUCUCCCCGGAGAUGCUGCAUGCAAUAAACAGACUGCAGACCCAACUGAGGACAUAGACGAACAUGAUUCUUCGAUAUCAAACUGCCCCGGGGACAAGAACAACAGCCCAAGUAGGUACAAGCAUUAAAUAGUGUUAUAGGAAGUACACUACUUAGUCGGUCCGAUUUUAUGUGUCCCUUUAUAAGCAUGCAACGGUUUAUGUACCCCAAUAAGAUUUACGUUACUGUUGUAAAAAUAUUUACGAUGGGAAAGCAGUUUAGGUGAGCCACGCUGCAAUACUUCUGAUAUGUUUUUCUGAAUUAAAGUUGUCUGAUUCUCUUGCACUGUGUAAAUUACAAUGUAGCCAUGUUUAUCAGACUUAUUUGUUUAUGAUAGUGAAUUUACAAAGUAACAAAGCAAUGAUAUAACCAGGGGAGGCAGGAUAUGCUAAUAUUCGAGAUACAUUAUACAUGAAUGUGAAGGGAUUUUCUUUAGCUGCAUAAUAAUGUUUUACCUAUACCGUCGAAACGAACCGUGUAGGACAGACAUGGACUCAUAGAAAAUAUUCGUGUGAGUUCCUACGAGCGCAGUCGAAAACUCUGCUUGUGUGUUUGCCUGUGUGUGUUAGCGGGUGCGCGCGGGAAGAUAAUUUUGUUUACUCAGCUAACUUGUUAAUUAUAUGUUCUGUACUGCCACUUGCAUUGUACCAACUUUGAUCUGAACUGCAUUGUGCUACAUAUGUCUGGUAAAACAAGUGUUUGUCCCGUUUAGGUUCUUCCAAGUCCAGAAAAAAGAGAUGCCCCUACUCCAAAUACCAGAUCCGAGAACUUGAACGAGAAUUCUUUUUCAAUGUGUACAUAAACAAGGAGAAGCGGCUCCAGUUGACAAGGAAGUUAAACCUGACAGAUCGACAGGUGAAGAUUUGGUUCCAGAACAGAAGAAUGAAAGAGAAAAAGCUCAACCGGGACCGACUUCAGUAUUUCACUGGAAAUCCCUUAUUCUGAUAUUUUGCAUUUAGAGGAGCCAUAAGUGCUUCACAACAGAUUGAAUAAAACUUUUUUUUUGAGGGGGGGGGGGGGGGGGGACGGACACAUCUCACAAUCUAUACAAACAACAGAAGGUGAAACACCGCACAACAAAUCUGAACAUUGCAAACAGGCUGGAUCUAUCUAUGCAAGGCUUUUUGUAUCUGCCACUUAAAUACUUACCUCAAUGAACACAUGAAUCCUGUUAUUUAAAAUAAUAUUAAAUCCAGUGAAUAAAUCAUCCAGGAGACCUCGACAUAAUGUUCAUUUACAUAUCUUAAUGGUAAUUCAUAGGCUAUUUUUUAUUUUACCUUUAUUUAACUAGGCAAGUCAGUUAAGAACAAAUUCUUAUUUAAAAUGACGGCCUACACCGGCCAAACCCGGACCAAUUGUGCGCCGCCCUAUGAUACAGCCUAGAAUCGAACCAGGCGGUCUGUAGUGACGCCUCAAGCAUUGAGAUGCAGUGCCUUAGACCACUGCGCCACUCGGGAGCCCAUAGCCUAUAUAGGCCUAUAUCUUACUUUUGUACUUAUUUAAGUUUACACGGCAUAUUCUUUGGUGGAUUCACACACAUUGCAGUAAGCGACGAGUACUUUGAUUACAGUAAUCAAUGAGUGUAAUAAGUAAUUUACAAUAGUAGAAUUGUGUAUGCAUUUAAUAGACGCAUGUUAUGUAUAUUGUGGUAUCAAAUAAAGUACACAUGGCAAAUGUGGUUAUGCGUUACCUCAAAUUAUUGCAAUCACGAUCUCCUUUCGGCUUUGAUCAGGAUCCACAUUUGGCAUAGGAAAAAAACCAUGCAUAAUUUCAUACAAUUCAACAAGGUUUUUAUAAUCUCCUAUAGGGAUGCUCAUACCAAAGCAAUCGGAUAUUGAUGUUUUUGUAAAGUACUAAUGACACGGAAGCUAGUGGUUAUAUUAAUGGACUAUACGGCGAAUAUCCUGUUGUUAGCCUGUUGUAGUCAAGACGCGUUUCUUAUUCGCUUCAACUUCAAAGUUUAGACUAGACCUUUUUAUUCCCUUUGUGUUGUCUUACACCAAGGCUGUUUACUAAACCUUGAACCGUCUAGACAGCAUAAUAAAUACUAGCUGUAAAUGUGUAAAUUGGAGGCUAUUGGACUCUGGCCACUCCAAAUGCGGCCCUACUCCCAAAUAGUCGACAGAUGCAGUCCUUUCUUACUUGUCAAGCUAUUGAAUUAUAAAUGUAGGAAAUCUGAAUGUAUAGGCUAUGACCAAAUGCAUAUAUGUUUAGUAUAUAUUUUUUAUAUUUAACUUGAAUUGGCAUGCCAUUAGAACUCCCGUGCGUAAAAUGCCUAUGUUUGAUUUGGUGGAUUUACACAGCGGUGUAUUUAUUUGUAAUGUUGUCAAUAGCGGACUAACUAGCAAAUAUUGUUAAUUUCAUAUACAAACGUUCUUUGCUGCCUUUGAACUUCCAGUAUAAUGUCAAGGUCGUUACCUCUCACCUUUGAAAAAGUAAAGGCGCCGUUUGGCUGAUCUCCUUGACAAACGACGCCUUCUGAAUAAUAUCUGCACUGCAGCAGGAUUCCAAUAUGACUGUGAAGCAUUGAUUUCUCAUGUAUGAAAAGCAAUCAGAUCCAGGGAUACAGUUUCUUGUUUGAAGUCGAUAUACCUGUCUCAUACACUAACCAAUUGAGAUGUUGCAUUAAAUGUAACGCAAUAUACAUCAAAUCAUGCGCAACCUUCUGAUGUGGCAGCAUUACGCACGACAUUAUAGUCAUACAACAAUAGUAUAUUAUAGUUUAGCUUUUGUAACAACAUUAUAGUUUAGCUUUUGUAACAACAUGAAAACCCAAAAUAAUUUUAAUAAUCAAUGGUUUAAUUCCAAGUUGUCUUAUGGUAGAAAUGAAAGACAGAACGGCAGUCAGUGCACCAAAAGUAAAACAGUUAACGAAUGUAAUCCUUAAUAAACCUAAAUGUUUAUUUUUGUUAUAUUUAUUUCCAUCUAACAAUUUGAGGCAGGGACAUGACUACUUUUAGCGUACCGGUAGUAGGUCUUGGUUAUUCUUUUCGCUGAGAUAUUGUCAGUGCAUCUGAUCAUUCGAAUUGUAGCCGUAAGAAAUCAGUGAUAUAAGAUAUGUUCUGAAAUCGAUCACAAAACACACAUGUCAAUCAGUCUGGUGAUGGUUGUCAUGUUUCAUUAGGUUUUUGGUUUAGGGAAUAGUUCCGGGGGAAAUAUUGCGCAGACGUUGCCAGGUGACUCCUCGUUCCCAUUCUAACCACACGAGGGCAGACGUGUAGCAAGGUUCCAUCCGAGUUUGUUCAUGAAAACACACAUAAGGGUUGAAUUACUACUGUGAUCUGGAAUAUUAUAGAAAGGUUGGUAAUGUUUUUGUUGGUGGUUUGAUGAGAGAAUAUAAUCUACGUUCGGUGAUCUCGACUUUUGACGUGGCUUCUUUCUGGUAAACGUUGGGAAAUAGCUUCAGUUGUUCUUAUCACAAUAGCCUAAGCAGUCUGUGUUUAGUUCAUACAUCCAUGCAUUGCAAUCAAAGGGGCACCAUCACUGUUUCUAAGAAGUAGUAGCCUAACGCCACCGUUUUAAAGUGGAUUAAACACUAGCUUUAACUAUGUGGAUAUGUAUAUCAUAGGCUGGUGGGAGGAGCUAUAGGAGGACGGGCUCAUUGUAAUGGCUGGAAUGGAAUCUAUGAAAUGGUAUAAAACAUAUGGAAACCACAUGUUUGACUCCGUUCCAUUAAAUCCAUUCCAGCCAUGACAAUGAGCCCGUCCUCCUAUAGCUCCUCACACCAGCCUCCACUGAUUUACAGGAGACUCCAAGUCCAAGCUUAACCCAUAUUGCAUUUGCAUGAUCUUUGGUAAUUUGGUGUUAUGGACAUGACUUGAAAUAUUACUGGGUUAAACUUAAUUUCAGUUCAAACCCUGAAGUAAUGAAUUUUUUUUUGAUCAACUAUGGAAUAAGGCGCAUGGCCUAUCUAGAUUCCUAAAUUCUCGUGUGCAUUACCGAUGCAUUAGACUAGUUAUUUUGAUUUGGACGACCAUUAGGCCUUGUCUAAUAAAUAUGUUUGGUCCUCUGUAGCUCAGCUGGUAGAGCACGGCGCUUGUAACGCCAAGGUAGUGGGUUCGAUCCCCGGGACCACCCAUGCACAAAAAUGUAUGCACGCAUGACUGUAAGUCGCUUUGGAUAAAAGCGUCUGCUAAAUGGCAUAUUAUUAUUAUGUUGUCUUACUUUCAAUCGAUAUUCUCUGAUAGUGUAAAAUGAUUUUUUAAAAAUGUGAUCUCUAAGUGUAGAGCCUAAAAUGUUGGCUAGAGCAUGGGUUUGUUUGAUUCCUGAAUUAAAACGGAACCCGAAGAGUACCUUCAAAAACAUGCAUAUUUUUUGGCUCACGCAUUUUACGAAAUUAUUUGCUUAAUUAUGAAAUCCCCUAUAAUCCCCGUCUGAACACCUGGAUGAUUUCGUUAAUGCUGUAUUCCGGAAGUUAAAAACAAUCAACUGCACGCACACUGAUUCUUAACACAUUUUCUGAGUUUAAUAGUAGCAUAGUGUCGGCCAAUGCCUGAAUUCUUUACGUAAUUUACAAUUUUCUUGAGGCGUAACACAAUCAAGCAUAUCCUUCUUGUGUUUACUAAUCUACGUGCACCAACUAAUUGAGGUAGGCCUAUUCAACGUGUAAUUAUAUGCUUCUAAUAACAUUAUUAGUCUUAUUCAGCAAAAUAAUCGGGGUGUCUGUUUUUGUAUGCUUGUUGAUUUGUUAAUUCAUUAAAAUUUCUCUGCAAACCUGGACCUCUUAUAGCGAUGAGAUGCUGAGUUGAGAAUAGGCUACUAUGGGGGAGCCUACUUUCCCAGUCCGUCACAAACAACGUGCACCGUACCCUGAGCAGGCAUUCGAAGGUUACGAAAAUGUUUUUAAAAUGUAGAACCGGGCAAUCGAUAUCACCUUUCCUUGAAAUUAUGUUUUUUAGACGAUAGUAUCCUAAGCCAGACGCGGUUUAAUUAAGAAUCCAAUUACAAAAAAAAGAUGUAGGCCUAUAAUAGCCAUAUUUGUUUUAAGUUUUUGGUUGAAAUUAUGUAAUUAGUCCACCUCAUGUAAAUUGAUUAUUUUCGGUUAGGAUUAUAUCUCCAUCACUACACCGUGUGAUUAGAAAUCGUUAUUUUAGUUAAUGUCAAAGCAUUGGCUUAAUAGGUAUACAGCAUAUAUGAAUGAAUAGAUUAUUCGUGUGACCUUAAAUUGUCUUAAAGGUGUUUAAAUGUGUCAAAGUAAGGGAAUUGGAGCUUGAUGUAACUGUAAAUUAUCUUAAGGUUAAGUCCAUGCUCAUCCUUUAGCUUUGAUUUUUUUUUCAUGUCAAGCAAAGAGAACAUGCUAAACGCUCAAGAUGUCCUUUGUCAGUCUUUGAAUCAAUUUCAAGUCCGUGUUCUAGGUGUCGCUGUUGACCACGUCUGCUUCCUAGUUAUGAGUCAAUGCUUCCAUGUGAUGGGAAAAGAGGCUGCGUCUCAAGGCCAUUUUCACAUUUCAUUGGUGAGCUUGUCAUGUGGCAGAGAGACAUCCUAAGCAACACCGACAUUGUUUUGCUAGAAAUGUCAGCCUACAAACGACAUCUCUCUCCUUUUAAAACUGAUCCAAAAUGUCCUUUCCCAACAGCUCUCCUGUUGCUAAUACUUUUUUAGUUGAUUCGUUGAUUGGCGCUUGCAGGACUGACAGCUUUUACUCCAACAGCAACAUGUACAUGCCGUCCGGUGCAGAAAUGGGAACUUACGGAAUGCAAACCUGUGGACUCCUGCCGUCUCUCGGUAAACGAGGGGACGUCAACCACCAAAAUAUGGGCAUGAAUUUCCACCCUUACAUACCUCAAAUUGAUAACUGGACAGAUCCCAGUAGACCUUGCGGAAUAGAGCAACCGUCCAACCAAAUGCCCAAUUGCACAUUUUCACAAAACAUUAAGGAGGAGAGUCAUUGCUGCAUGUAUUCCGACAAGAGAGCGAAAGUCAACUCGUCCGAUGUCCCUGUAUAUGCUAAUAUAAUCCCCGAAUCGUGUUCAGUUGAUGGCCCCGAGAUCCCUGUCCCCGGGUAUUUCAGACUAAGCCAAAGCUACGCGAUUGGGAAACACCAGGACUAUGGCCACGAGACGACAAGUCCAAACAUCACAUUGAUGCAGCUCAACAGAGUUACUCCAAAACCGCAGUUGUUUUCCUUUGUCGAACUGGAAAAGAAAACGGCCGAGGUACCGCAUAACCGGGAGACCAGCAAGACACCCAUCCCCGCAGAAAUCCCGGAUCCAACGUCGAGCGCAAAGCGGGAGAAGAACUCCUCCACUGAAUCUUUAGUCUCCAGCCCAGAGUUGACACAAAGAGAAUCUAAAGGUGGGUACAUUAAAAGGAUUAAUCGUAUGGCGGUAUCAUAAAACCCAAUAUAAAACCCAAACAGCCCUUAAGUCGUAAUGUUUAAUGAGAGCCUUACUCAGUUUGCAGUAAAGGGUUUUUACAAGAAACGGUUCGACCGCGGACCAGACAUGCCUGCAUCUAUUAGUCUUUUAUAUUUAUAUUUUCUUAAUUUAUUUGUUUCUUUGUUGAUAGUAAUAGAACAUUCAUUUUUGUUUUGGGGAAAAUUUUAUUUAUUUAUUUAUUUAUGUAUAUAUUAACACCUAGGAGAAAUAAUGCGUGUGGUGUUCAUCCUCAGUGCUGUGAUGAUACAGAAACAGUCUCUCACAAAUGUGUAUUGUAGUUGAUUUCAUCAGUAUGCCUUACAUGCAUGUAAAAUAUUACUUUGGUCUAAAAACUUAAUCGUGUAAUUUAGAGCAUGUGUUGUUAGUUAUGCCUAUAAUAUUUCAACACUUUUGACUAACAACGACUACCAACUAAUAAUACUCAUAUAACACGAUAUCAAUAGAAUUGAAACAUUUUAUCAUUCUGACCAGAGCUGUGUGACUAGUGAAAACAUAUUUUAAUUCAUGGUAAAAUCUGAGUGAUAUUUUCAUAUUUUGUCAUGUUAAUACAUUUGUUGAGUUGAUAACAUUUCAGACGGCAAAACUGACCCUCCAGCUAGCAAUUGGUUGACUGCAACAAGCGGAAGGAAGAAAAGAUGUCCCUACACGAAGCACCAGACGCUUGAAUUGGAAAAGGAGUUUUUAUUCAACAUGUACCUGACUCGAGAGCGCCGUCUGGAGAUCAGUAAAGGCGUUAACCUCACGGACAGGCAAGUCAAGAUCUGGUUCCAAAACCGCAGGAUGAAGCUCAAGAAAAUGAGGAGGGAGAACCGAAUUCGGGAACUUACCUCAAAUCUCACCUUUUCGUGAGCUUGCUUACCAGAAGCUUGUUUUAUUGUCUCUUUCCUCUCCCCUCAAAGUGGUGGUGUGGCAGCAUCGGACUUUUUUGUUUUUUUCACCGAAACUGGGACUGACUGCUAUUUUAUUUUCAUAUUUACACGGUGACGCAUUGUGUAUUUUGAAUAUGUUUUAUCACAGGGUAAAAUAUAGUAUGUAUCCAUUAUUGGACUGUUUGGUUUGAUUGAGUCUGAGGAAAAUGUCGAACGAGCGACUUGUUUGGAAGAUCAUAUUUUCGGACAUGAAAGCACAUUUAUCAAUAGUGGUUGAAAAGUAAAACAUUCUUUCAGAAUUAAGCGCAAACCCUUAGCUGAAUCGUAAUCACAUAAACGUUUAUGUAGCAUAAAUGUGGUGAGCAACGUUACUGAGUGUCAAUCUUACGCAUGUUUGUGGCAUGUAUCAUGCAAUAAAUUGAUGAUUGUUAAAUGCAAUUUCUUAUUUCGGUGCUUUGUCUUGCAGUAGACGUAUACUUUUUCAUCUAUACAGAUUUUACAUUACAUUUUUGUCACUUUGCAAAUUCUCUUAUCAAGAGGACUUACAAUUAUGCAUUCAUGUAUAUCAGAUGUAUAAAUAUAUUAAGCAAAACAGAUAACUAUUUCAGAAAUGUGUACGAGGCCCUAACGUUCUUUUAGUUCCGCUAGAAUGAUUAGUGACUGGACCAGUAGCUUCAAAUUGUUAACGUGCCUGACAUGAAGAAAAGGAAUAUUCAAAACAAGUCUCAUUGCGGUACACGUCAUAUCUUAAACAAAAAUCCCUAUUAUAGCGUUGGGCUAUUGUGCAACAUGAUUUCGGUUCAGCUGUUCGAGGCCUAAUGGGUCUAGGCUAUAUAUUGACCAAUUAUUUAAUUAUGACUGUUAUUAUUAAUUAAUUGUUAGGCCUAUUGUCAAUUAGCAUUCAGAAACACGCCUGUAAUUGAAAAUAAACGGUAGCUUGUAAAAUCGAGUUGUUUUGUGAAUAAGCUAUCCAAUUGGUUUCCAAGGCCUAUAUGUUGUGUACAUUUUUGUCAUUUAGCAGACGCUCUUAUCCAGAGCGACUUACAGUGCAUACAUUUUUUCAUACUGGCCCCCGUGGGAAUCGAACCCUCAACCCUGGCGUUGCAAGCGCCAUGCUCUACCAACUGAGCUACACGGGACCUAUAUAGGGCACCUAUAUAUAUAGCCUACUGCCUUUAAACUCAACUCUGGACCUCGAAGCCAGUUCCACAGCUUAAAAAAAAAUAUGUCCCCUCUAAUCAGGGACUGAUUUAGACGUGGGACACCAGGUGUGUGCAAUUAACUAUCAGGUAGAACAGAAAACCAGCUGGCUCCGGACUUCGUGGGUAAGAGUUGAAUACCCCUGGCCUACUACAUGUUUAAUUCCCUAAACUUUGAUGUCAGGCUUGUGCAAGGAGCUCCUUCGAGCGUCCAUGGAUUGUAGGAUACUUAUUCAAAUACACAAAAUACACACUAAUACUUCUAUUCAAAUACACAAAAACAAGACUCAUAUCCUAUUCAUGCCCUAUAGCUAAACAUUGUAUUAUAUUUACACGUAUCUGGGAAGGUCCCCACCAACCUACAAAAACAGCCAUUGGGGUCCGGAUAUAGGAACUUCUUAGAAAACGGGUUCAUUAGAGUUCCAACAUUGGGGUCCGGAUAUCGGAACUUCUUAGAAAACGGGUUCAUUAGAGUUCCAACAUUGGGGUCCGGAUUUAGGAACUUCUUAGAAAACGGGUUCAUUAGAGUUCCAAAAAAGGUUACAGAACCAUUUCUUCUAAGAGUGUAGAGGAAGGAAUAGGCCUAGAAAAAUAUAUAAAAUUAUUUUCUUGAUCACAACAUUGAUGCAUCCAUAGCCUAUCACCUAAACAGAAGCCUCUUAUCAUAUAUAAGGGCUACAAUAAUGUUUACUUCGGAUUAAAACCGUAAUCAUUAAAAUACAUUUAAUUAAUAAAAUAUUGGCGCAACAUUCUGUCAUGAUUCAAAAUAUCAGAAAUUAGGUUGCUGUUUAUGUUGAUGUAGUUAAAUGUCAUAAGAUGGCUCGUGUUGUAGGCUUAUACUGGAAGAUCGCUUUGCCCAGUAGUAGACGUAUCGGCAGCCGGUGUAUAGAAGUCCAAGCCAAGUUCAUAACUCUAUCCGUGUAGACUACUUGAACUCGGUACAUACUACUUUCCUAAUACUUCCACCUCUCUUUUACACACGAAACGCUGAAACGAACACACACACACACACACCAACCACAACAGAUUGCAUGGUUUUAUUUAUUUAUCAAUGGCCUGCUUUAGUUAAAGCAUCCAGGUAUAACAUAAUUUGUUAUAAACAUUUGUGAGCCUUUAUAAUGUGUUAUAACGAGGCGUAUGAUAUGUUGUGUAGCUCAAGCUAAUGCAAUGUUCACUUUCUGCUGAAGAAGCUGGUCUCCAGUGUCUGUCUGGGCCUAAUGAUGUUCAAGCACAAAUUCAUUGGCAGGUCGCCGCCAUGUUGUUUGUCCCCAAGUGAACAUUUGUGUGAUAAUCAGUUCUGUUCCUUCUUUCUCGUUGUUUUUGCUCCAUCGUGGGAAUGUAUUUGAAAUAAAUCAGUUUACAGAUAUUAUUUACGUUUGUAUUCAUUGAAGAUUUGCGCACAGGCCUCCUGUAGCUCAGUUGGUAGAGCAUGGCUCUUGCAACGCCAGGGUUGUGGUUCGAUUCCCACGGGGGCCAGUAUGAAAAAUGUAUGCACUCACUAAACUGUAAGUCGCUCUGGAUGAGAGCGUCUGCUAAAUGACGUAAAUGUAAAAUGAUGAGAGUUUGCGAAAGUAGGCUGUUUGCCUAAUCAAGAAGUCAUGUGUUCUCAAAACCUAAAAAGACAUCGCUCUGCACAGAUCCGCUUUGUUGCGCCAAUAGUCCGUUUUAUUAAGGGCACAUUAAUGUAUAAUCAAACGCACCUCAUAAAUAUUUUAUGUGAUACACAUAAAAUCAUUAUGGCUCUCCUCUAGAUAAAUACAAUCAGUAUACAAAUAAUACUUUCUGGUUCAAACUUACAAGACCAACCAAACUAGUGAAAGUGACUAGUUAGAAUAAAAGCUAGCAAUUCAAAAACAGAGUUGGUGCGGAAAUGGUGUAUCCUUAUUUUACAGCAUGUUAUUACAUUUAUUUUACGAGGACUUACAACUAGUAGUCUAUAAAAUGUUUUACAAGCAUUGAGUGUAUGAUAUACCUUAUGACGAUAUCUUGUGAGAGUUUACACUCAUAAUGUGGUGUGGUAUCAAUGUUGAGUGGUGGCUGUGAAAUAAAUGUGUGUAUUAGGCUAAUCGAUACAUAAAACAAAUAGUCCUGCACCACCCUAAGCCUUAUGCACAUUUAAAAACCCCGCUAACACAGAAUGACUUCAAGUUUGACAUUCUUUCUCCUUAACCAUUCGGUUUCUUUGGCAUUCUUUAAAUAAAAAUGCAAAUUAAACAUAGGCCUAUACCGUUACAGCGGACUGAUUUACUCACUGUGUUUGGUAAAUAUGAUCACGUGAUUCAUGUAACCAAUCCCUGAAGAUGAAGCCAGCAAAAAUACUAUGAUUGUUCAGAGGAAAGGUUUCCGUAACAGUGUAACCUUUUAUAUGACUACGAAGGGAUCAAAAAAUGUCGACCAGUAGCACUCUGAGUAACUAUUAUGUGGACUCUAUAAUGGGGCAUGAAGGAGAGGAUGUGUACAGGCCACGCUUUGGCCAGUCUACGCAGAGUACGACCUCAAUGCCAUCAGGCGUUGGGGACAAUACUGAUUUUUCCUCCUGCAGUUUUGCACCUAAAUCAGCCGUUUUCCCAGGGUCUUGGUCCUCGGUUCACCCGCAGUCCGCCGCCGCAGUGUCAGGGAUUUACCACCCUUACGUCCAGUCCCACCUCUCCACAGCAGACAGCAGAUAUGUUCGGUCCUGGAUAGACCCAAUUUCUAACAACGUUUCUUUCUCCGGCUUUCACUAUAACAGCCGGCAUUAUGGAACCAAGCCCGAAAGUUUACCACUGAAAAGGACUGAGAGUGCCACUUUUGAGACAGAGAAUCCGGGGGUUGUCUCUUGCCCUGGUUAUGCAUGUGGAUUGUCCGAAUGCCCGGAAAAAGUGGCCAAAGAGAGUGUUGGCAGUGAUACUUCAAAUCACAGCGAGCCUAAAGAAGAGAAAAAACAACUUGAUCCAAGUAAGUAAACGAAAUUGCCCCCUGAUUUACAACCUUAAGAGCUGUACGAGCUGGGUGUGUAAAACUGGAGGUUUUACUAACCUAUAAAAAUGUCUAGCUCAUACCACCGGACGAAAAAAACUGCCUACGGCUGUAAAGUUGGAACAUAACGCAAGCGUGUGAUAAUAUUUGCGUCAACAAAUUCAGUAUUAUUAUAAUUAUAAAUAUUUGUUUUUUAAACAAAUAUACAGUUAAAAAUUCUGACGCUUGUAUUUGCCAUGUUCAUUGUUUAUUUCGUUUUCCUGCUAUUUCUCAUGUGAGUUUCAACUUUGUCCUCUGUUCUCCAGACAACCCUGCAGCAAACUGGAUUCAUGCACGUUCAACAAGGAAGAAGCGAUGUCCAUAUACAAAGUAUCAGACACUAGAACUAGAAAAAGAAUUUCUUUACAACAUGUAUUUGACACGAGAUCGACGAUACGAAGUGGCUCGAAUUCUGAAUUUAACUGAAAGGCAGGUCAAAAUCUGGUUCCAGAACAGAAGAAUGAAAAUGAAAAAGAUGAACAGAGAGAGAGGCAGUAAGGAUCACUUAUAG